UCUGUAACGCCAACGGAGGUGAACGAGUAAAAGGGAAGAAAUGCGGUGCGAACAGUCCGUGCCGUCUCUCGAGCGGCUCGGGCUCCGCUCUCCGCGACGAGCUCCCACUACUGCCCGCCUUUCCCCCCUCGACCUCUCCGUUCCCCUUUAUCUCUCUGUCGCGUCGUUCCUGUGGAGAUUUUAGGGUUAAGGCUCCUCCUCGAUCCCGCUUCGCCCGCAGCUGCGGCUCACCCGAGACGCUGACACACUUCUUGCUGAUCGAUUCCCCGCGGAUGGGGCCCCGCGCCAACGAGCGGGAUUUCGUGAUCAAGGUAAAGUGUGGUGAAACACUCAAAUGGUUUAGUACCUGCAUCUAUGGAGACAUGAUAGACCACAACAUGACUAGACUGAGAAAGAAGAUUAUCAACCUUUUCAAGCUCAGUCCAGAAGCUGAUUUUGUUCGUAUCUAUAUUGAUGUAGAUGGUGACAUUGUAGCACUAGAUGAUGAUGAUGAGUUGCAUGAAACUGCAAUUAAUCAACCCUUGAAUCCUCUUAGGAUCAGUGUUUUGUUGAGAUCAAAUGCUAGUGAUGGGCAUGACCUGAAACAUGAGAACAUGAGCUCUGCAACUGCAGUGCCACCACAAGUAGAUAAGCAGCCAUUUGAAUUUAGUUCUGUUAUUAAUGAAGCAUUCAGAUCUGUCCCUGGACAAUUUUGUACCACACUUUCCAACAUCUCUCAUGAUUUCCUUUCAAAGGCUGCAUCAUCUGCACCAGCAAUAGCUGAUGUUCUAGACCACUUUUCCAAGUUAGAAAUACCGAGUUGUAGUCAGACUGUCAACAGCUCAACUGGUGAACCAUCAGGAACACCUAGUCAGUUGACAAGUCAGCCAAAGAAUCAUAACAUCAGCAGGGAACCAUAAGUUCCAAGUACCUCUGCUCCAGUAUCAACAAUUCUGAUCCAGUUUCAGAGAACCUGCAUGAGCAUGAGUGUGGUAAUGGAAAUCAGGUUGGUAUAGUUAAGACUCGUACCUCUCAUGAUUUUAACAAAUAUAGUUCUCAUUUUCCAACAUUUGAGCAAGCAUCUGGGCACCCUGACAUCAUUUUGAUCACCAAUGAGUUCUCACCUCUCUGAUCAUCAAAAGGAAAGUGGUAGUUUUGUUUGUAAUGGAAAAUCUGUUAUGGCUGCUAACUCCAUUGUGCCGUGUGAGCAGAUUGCAGAACAAAAUAAUGAAACAUUUAAUCCUUCUCCUUCCCCGACUAAUGUGCAUGGAUUUAUUGGCAUGGUGGCUGGUGACAACAGUAAACAACCUCCAACUAGUGCAGCCCCUUCGAGAGCACUAACUGACUUUAGUUUCCAGGGUGGCAAGCAGCAUGGCACUACAGCUACAGCUGAUCUUCCUUCUCCAAAUGGCUUGCACUCCGUUGACCAUUCUAACCAGAGGGAUGAUGUAUAUAAUGAUAACGGCCAUCCUUUUCACGGGGGAAUUAGAUGUGAUGGCUGUGGAAUGUACCCAAUCAUUGGUCCAUGAUUCAGAUCUCUAAUGUGAAGGAAGACUGAUUUAUGUACCGUUUGUUUCUCUAAGACGAGUAAAGAAGCUGACUUUACCAGGAUUGACAUGGUUCAUUUAUCUCAUAAUACAGCAUAGUCUAAUCGUCUAUUUACUUAAUUUAAUUUCAUAAUAUAAGAUGCGCUAACUGCUUCUGCAUUCUUAAUUCCAGCAUUCUAGACAUCGGAUCUCCUCACCUCAUUUACAUGGUUUUGGUGUGAGGCGAUCAAGACCAAAAUUAGAAAGUUGCUUUAUCAGAAUAUAACUGUGUUAGAUGGAACCUUGAUGCCUCCUUCGACUCGUUUUACUAAGAUAUGGCGGAUGCAAAAUAAUGGUACUACCCGAUGGCCUUACAGAACAAAGCUUGUUUGGGCUGGUGGUGAUAAAUUUGCUAACAAGGACUACUGUCCUUGCAAAGAACUGCCAUUUUCAACUUACUAGAUGAGCCAUGAAGUUAGAAUCUCAAUCCAUGCAGAUUCCUGUUGAUGGAAUUUCUGUGAACAAGGAAGUUGAUGUUGCAGUUGAUCUCACCUCACCAGCAGUGCCUUGCCUGGUAGGUAUUUUUCAUAUUGGAGAUUGGCGUCACCUUUUGGUCAAAUGCUUGGACAACGAGUUUGGGUUCAUAUUGAGUCAUACAGAUGGAUAUCUCUCAACCAAACUCUGCUACUGGAGGUCUCAAUCCUGAUUUGAAUUUGCCACCUGAAAACACUAGUCGAGGUUGGCUUGGAACAAUAGAUGCUGAACCCUUUCAUAAUGUUGCUCCUAAACCCAUUUCCAGCAACACUUCAGGUGAACUGGUUAAGCCAUUUGUCAAUCAAAUCCCAAAUUUAUGGUUGUCAUCCUCUUACCAUUAAGGGAACCGCACAGCCUGCAUCUAUGGUGCUUCCUCCUGUAUCAUAUCCUAACAUUAAUUCGACAGUGUCCGAAUGGGUUUCUCAGAGAGGGCGAGGAACAAGGAACCACUAAUAAAUAGCGGUGGCAGCGUUAAGCAAGUUUAAUGGGAUCUUCUUGUUGGAGACAAAGCUUCUUAUUUCCAAACAAGUCUGUAAAUAAUUAUGUACAACCACGUGAUGAUGAUACUGUUUCUUCCCUGGAUAGAUUUUUUACUGUUUUCUGCUUCAGUACUACACUGGCCGCAACUUAUGUAUUAUCUGCAAUAAUAUUUUGGAGCAUUAAACAGAUCCUUUAUCUUUCUUUUGCA